UUAAAAUAUUUUUGUUCGUUCUUUUUUUCAUUGAACUAUUUUUCUGGAUUCCUUGCAGAGUUAACAUGCAUUUCAAAAUGAGUGAAAAAAAUAAGAAUGAGAUACAAACGUUGAAUAUUUCGAAAAUCGAAUAGUGGGAAAAUAAUACUCUGAGUGAUGUGGCGAUUGUCGAUUGCACAGCUGGCAGAUGAAACGUUAUCAGCUGAAUAGCUUUAUCACAAUAUUUUUUUCAUCAACAAGACCCAAAACGAUAGUGGGCACUGAAAUUCGGUCGUUAAAAUGAUUGUAAAUCGCCAACCUCUUGCGUUUGAUUUUUUACUAGAUCACUAAAAUGUCUAACUAUUGUAGGCUUAACUCUUUAAAAAUGUGUAAAGGCUGUGAAGUAUAAAAAUGUUGACAGUAAUGUAUUAUCAUUUGUUCUAAAUUGGAUAAACUUUGGUAUAACCUUACAGAUGUACUACAAUUAAUACUGUUCAACGAUGGACUCAAAACAAGGUUCAAGUACUGAUUGGUGUCCAAAUGAUUUUGAUCAAGAUGAUGAUAUCAAUAGACCAGGGCCUUCAGGAAUGAAACACAACACGGGUCAUUUUGUGAUUGGUGGUAUGAAGUUUAAAAAUAUUGACUUCAUUAAAGAUACCUUCACAGAUGAUAGUAUUGUAUUAACAGAUACCAACGGCCGUCCAUUUGAUGUACUAACCAACAAUGAUAUGCAUUCCAUGACAGUUCUUGAUAACCAAGCUACAGAUUUUGGAAUGACCAAACACUCACAAACUGUAAUGUUACCAGAAUAUAACAGCAUGUCAGAAGUGGAGACUAUGGUAUCAAUGCCAGAUCAGUAUUUUCAAAACGAUUUAUAUCACAUUAAAUCAAAUAAUAUACCUCAAGUGUCUAAUAGACAUUCAGUUAUGGACAAUCUAUCACAUGACAAUUCUUUAGUACAAAUUGAUCAAUUAUCAUUUAUUCCCAAACCAACUGAUAAUUUUGUCAAUAAUCUGGGAAGUAAUCAAGAUAUGAUUUUAGAGACUGGGAACAAUCGUUUUAUCUUUUCAGAAAAUGGCGGUAGCUAUAUUGAAGUUACUUUGAAAGAAAAUGAUGUGUUGAAUAGUGAUGAAAAUGAAUUUUAUACAGUACCACAGUCUAGAUCUGUUCAAAAUAAUCAUAUUGCCCAGAAAAUAGUGUCAAUAGAUGAUUUAAGUUUAUUAUCUUCUCCAAAAUCACAUCAUAAUGUGGAGUUACUAGUCAAUCACGAAGAAUUAGUGGACGAUAUAGACACUUGUGAUAUAGCAGUUGUUGAUGAAUCACAAAUUCCACUUAACAGUAGUCAGUUAAAAGGAAGACUUGAUGAAGGAUCUGAAAGUGUUUCACUUGAUGUUGAUCAUCAUCAACAUAGUUCAGGUUUUCAAAGAAUGUCAAAAGAAACAAUUGAGAAGAUAGCAGAAGAAUUUGUUAGACAACCACAAUGUAUUGAUGAAGAUAUAAGUAUUAAUUUUAUCAGCAGAAUUAAUCCUAAACCACCAGCUCUAAUAGAAUACUGGUGCGAAGAUUGUAAUAAGCUAUAUCAAAAUGAAUCAAAUUGUCCAAUACAUCAAGUAAGUAGUAUCAUCGAUCUAGCUGUGCAAACUAGAGCUAGAGCGUCAUUACCUGCUACACAUUUAAGAAUUAUGAAAAUUAAAAAUCAAGACAAUUUAAACAAUAAGUUUGGAGUAUUUGCAAGAAAAACAAUUCAAAAACGUACGCAGUUUGGUCCAUUAGAGGGUGUUAAUAUCAAGGACGAAGAGUGUGUUGAAGAGCCUAUCAAUGAUGAAUUUAAAUAUUUGUUGGAAGUAGAUAAACAGUUUAGACGAAUUGAUGUGUCAAAUGAAGAUAAAUCCAAUUGGAUGUGUUUUGUGCGACCAGCAAAAACGAAACACGAACAGAACAUGAUUGUUGACCAAAUCGGGGAUUAUCUUUAUUUUACAACUACAAGAGCGAUUUACCAACGAGAAGAGUUACUCGUCGGAUACAGUACAUUUUAUGCACAUAAACGAGGCUUACAUGUAUUACUGCCUGCAGUUAUCAAUCAUGAUAUUUCGCCUCCUCUUGCACGAAAAACGUUUAAAUCACUGAAAAUAUCACAAGAGUUGAACAGACCGUCUGAACAUUUUAGAAAUAAUUUAUCGAGCAAAGGAAAAAUGAUGAGAACAAUACCAACAACUUGCAAGCAUAUGACAUUUAAAAGAAAAUUAUCCAAUCGAUUUGGUAAAAAUAAUGGACAGUGUAAUCUUUGCGUCAAUUCUCAGAAUAACUCUAAAAACGCCUAUAGAAUGAAAUUAAGAUCGAACAAUAACAUUAAACAUAUUUGGCUGUGUAUGUCCUGUGAUUUGAAAUUUUCAAAACGUGAAACAAUUUUAAUACACAUCAAAUUGCACGAAGACGAGUUUGAUGUCGAACAAGUAACAUUAACCGAUACCAGUUGUCCGGAAUGCAAUACUGAGUUUCAUCAAACCGAAGAACUAAUUAAACACGUUUACGUGCACAGUUUCACGGAUAACAGAAUGGGCCUAGGUGGUACCUUUUACAACUGUUAUCAGUGUGAGAGGAGAUACAGGAAUGCCAUACAUCUAAGGGCUCAUCAAACAAAACACAAGGAAAAUGAACUCAAGCCUUACAAAUGUAACAUGUGCGAUAAGCGUUUUUUGAACACUGUCGUUUUAACAUGUCACGUGCGCACCCAUUUUGAGGGUGUAAUUUACGACUGCCCCAUGUGUCGUUUGACGUUUGUCGAUUUGAAAUCAUUAAAGGGACACGUAUAUUCACACGCAGUGAACAACAUCUUCUAUUGCCCGAUGUGCCCACUCCAAUUCAAUACUUAUAAAUUGAUCAGAAAGCACAUCCGAGCCCGGCAUCACGGCAUUGAGUUUGGUUGCGAAUAUUGCAAUAGUUCGUUUAAUAGUCGUUUCAAUCUCAACUUACAUAUGCUCAGUCAUUCGGAUCAAAGGGAUUUUUUAUGCACUAUGUGUGGUAAACAGUACAAGAGGAAAGACAAACUUAAGAUACAUAUGAAUAAAGUUCAUUAUUCCAAGAAAAAGCCAUCGAAAACUCAAUUAAAAUUAGAAGCCAGGGCGGAGAGAAAAGCACAACAAAUUCAAUUGAAAACAACGAAAUCAAUGUUGGAGUACGAAAGUUCAGAAUUUAGAUGUGAUAAAUGUUUGGUGGGUUUCAAAAGAAGAGGCGUUUACGUAAAUCAUUUGGUACUGAGACAUCCUGAGAUAAAUCUUGAUUCCGUGCCUUCACUCAACCAACCAGUCGUACCUAAAGCCAAAAUGUACAUGUGUUUGUACUGUGAUAAAAUAUACAAGACUAACGCUAAGCGGAAAUCGCACAUACUUAAAAAUCACCCGGAUUGCGAACUCCCCGAAAAACCGACUGAUAAAACGGUUACCAUUGAUGACGAUCCACCCAGUCAAAUGGAUAGUAGCACUGUCGCCACUGCGUCGUCUCAGGCGCACAGUUGCCAGUGGUGUUACAAACAGUACGUGUUAAAAAAUAAACUUUUAAGACACCAACGGGCACAUCACUACCAUUUGUUGCCUCCGUCCUUACAAGAACCCCAGCCAUCGAAAAAGCUCGGACAUAAAGUAAAAAAAACAGAGCAACCCCCCCAAACAGUUAACAUUCAGUUUACCGAUACAGAUGGUUUCGAAUUAACGGCCACCGACAUACAGCUGGACAAUCCAAUCGAACCGGGCAGCAUAAUAGCCAUCAAACGGCCCAUAAAAGUAAGCCUGAACAAUUCCGAGUACAUGACGCAGGCCAUGCGAGACUUGGGCUUGAGCCCGGCUGACGAAGGUCUGAACGAAGAACAGUACUAUCGGAUAUUGGACACGCAGGGUGACGUGGCUUAUGCUCAGGCCAUCGAUCCACCGGUCGCCUUACUCACGUUCGACGGCCAGACCAUUCAACAGGUGCUGUCAUCUUGCGUUCCGGCUACGUUACCGAUUGCUGACCACUGCGCGACAAUGACGACAUCGACCGGAGGCAAUUGCACGACGACGAGUGAUGGUCUUCAGUAGCAACACCAUGAUGACCACUGCCGUGCGAUCGUGAUCAUCGCCUUCCCCAGCCGUUCAAGACCGCCCUGUGUAUGUUAGGCUAGGACGUGGCAACGCAAGUUCGGUCAUGUCGAGACAAGAAUUCCCUGAGUAUCGAUCUUCCAUGUUUCUUGCCGAGCCGUGUAUCGUUUUAAUAAUAUUAUU